AUGCGACUCUCCAGUAUCGCAAUACCGGGCUUCUUUACCACAGCUGUCCAUGCCCACGGCCGAAUCACCCAAAUCACGACGUCCAGCGGAGAGAUCUACGCUGGCUGGGAUCCGGCUUCCUCGGACACCCUUAUACCUCCGCGUCCACUUGCGGCAUGGUCCGCGUCAAAUCUCGGGAACAUAUACGUCCCGCCCUCACAGUUCAACACCUCCAACAUCGCCUGCCACUACGAUGCUAUACCGGGAGCACUUCACGUCAACACCACCGCAGGUGACGAGCUGAAGCUACAAUGGAACGAGUGGCCAGUAUCACACGUCGGUCCAGUCAUGACGUAUCUGGCGGACUGCCAGGGUAGCUGCACGAGCAGGAAAGGUAGUGAUCUGACAUGGGUGAAGAUCGAUGAGCUAGGCUGGCUGAACAGUACAGGCUGGGACACAUUGGAUCUCGGUGGGACAUGGGCCGCUGAUGUGCUCAUUGCGAAUGAGUAUUCUUGGAUGGUCAAGAUACCGGAGAGACUCGCGGAAGGAUACUACGUAUUGCGACACGAGAUCAUCGCGCUGCAUGUUGCGGAGAAUCUGGAUGGUGCUCAGGCGUAUCCGCAGUGUGUGAACUUGCACGUCGCACGGGAGUCGAGAGAGGAGGGGAAGAAGCUAGUUGGUGGUGUUCUUGGCAAAGAUUUAUACGGCAUGAAGGAUGAGGGUAUACUAGUGGACGUGCAUCGGCAGCUUGCUGGGUACAAGAUCCCGGGGCCAAAGCUAUGGGAAGACGCAACACGUAUACGCCAGCCCAAUCAAUGA